AUGGACAAUUAUUAUUCUGCUCCAUCUCUAUUCAAGAAAUUGGAGCAAGAGAACAUUGGUGCCUGUGGAACUGUGAAAGUAAAUCGGAAACAAAUGCCAAAAGAGCUCUUGCCAUCAAGAUUGUCUCUAAAAAAGGGAGAACCGCCUGUUUUUAUGCGUUCAGAUAAUCUUGUUGCCAGUGCAUGGCAAGACACAAAACGUGUUACCUUUUUGAGUACUGUUGAGAAUAAUUUGACAGUAGACAAGGCUGUUAGAAGUAAGAAUGGGGAAGGGGGUUAUAGGGAAGUUGAAAAGCCAGUAAUCGCUGAUCGAAACAAUUCAAACAUGGGUGGGGUCGACACCCUUGACCAAAUGCUAGGCACAUACCAAUUUCCUCACAAGUGUGUCAAAUGGUAUCAUACCCUUUUCCAUAGGGCCAGGGAAAUUGCCCUCGUAACUGGGUUUAUUCUUUACAAGAAGGCAAACUCCACUAAAAGAGUUAACCCUAAAAAGUUUAGAGAGCAAGUAAUAACUGGGCUUUUGAGGGACUGGAACCCGCCUCAGCCUCAAAAUGGGAGGCCCUCAGAUACCCCAGACCCUCUAAGACUUACUGGACGCCAUUUCCUAGGAAAAAAUGAGAACCCCAAGCAAAAACUUGAUUGUCGGGUUUGCUCUGACAGGAAAAAUAAGAAAAGGGUGCAAACUUCUUUUUAUUGCAAGCAGUGUGAUAUAGCAUUAUGCAUUGUUCCUUGUUUUGAACGUUAUCACACUUUGCGUCAGUAUAACUUGUAA